UCUUAACUUACCAACUAUUUAUAGUAAUUUAUUUUUUUUCUGUUUUAAAUAUUUAGUCUAAGAAAAAUUCCAAGUCGUUUGUAUUUGCCGCUAUUAUAUUGUAUGACAUCAUCACCUCCAAAGCAGUUGAUGAGCUCACAAUAUACAAAUGAAUCACCUGACAAUUUUUUUUAUCUACAAGUUGGAACAUUAAAAAUUUUUUCGCAUUUAAAUAUUAAUAAUUACAACUUACAUUAUUGCCAUACUCAAAAUAUAAACUAGUGCUAGAAAUAAAAAUAUUAAUUUGAAAUAAACUAAGUUAAAAUGAAUUGUUGAAGUAAUUAUUUGAAAAAUGGAAGUCACAGGUUAUUCAAAAAUCCAAAAGUACGAGAUUACAUUCAAGUGGGAAAUAGAUUGUCUGCUUCAGUUCAUCGAAUCUGCUGACUAUGAUAAAAGUGAUAGAACUCUUGAAUCUCCACAAUUUUCAACCGGAGCUAGUUUCAAAGACACCUGGUUCGUAGAUGUAAGAGUUGACUCCAGUAAACUUUCAAAAAUAAAAGGAUGGCUGUCAGUUAAUUUGAACUUGUUCAGUUGUGAAUUACCUGAAGUGAGAGCAGAGUUUCUGGUGUCAAUUUUAAAUAAUAAAAAUGAGAAAACUUUUAUCCAACAGUCAUGUAGCAGAAAUUUUAAAAAUUAUCAAGAUUGGGGAAUCGCACACUUUAUUAAAAUAAAUGAAUUAUUUGAAAACAAAGAUAAUUAUUUUUCAAACAAUUCUACUUUGAUCCUGUGCGUCGAACUUGCAGUUCAUGAUAACUAUGUACACAUUACAAGUGAAAUUCCAUCAGCAACUUCCGAGCAUUCGAUUACUGAUGAUUUAAUAAAACUAUUUGAUAGUAAAAUUGGUAGCGAUAUUAUUCUAGUUGCAGGUAAUAAACAAAUCAGAGCUCACAAGGCUUUCCUGAUGAUAAGAAGUCCAGUCUUCUGCGCAAUGUUUACUCACAAGUUGCAAGAAAACAAAGAAAGUAAAGUUACGAUCCCUGAUGUUGGACCAGAAACAUUAGAAAAAAUGCUGGAAUUUAUUUAUACGGAUCGAGUUACUGAUCUUGAGCAGAUUGCUCUGCACUUAUUGGAAGCAGCUGAUAAGUAUCAGUUACAAAAACUCAAAGAAUUAUGUGAAAAAUCUUUGUGCCAGUCAAUAUCUGUUGAUAAUGCAAUCAAAUAUCUCGAAGUAGCAGAUCUUCAAAGUACAGAAGACUUUUAUCAAUAUGUUCUUCGUUUUGUAGCAAUUAAUGCAUCAAAAAUCGUAAAAACCGAAGAUUAUAAAGCAUUGGAGAGAGAUGAUCCAGCUUUGAUCUCAAUGAUAUUAACAAAAAUAUGCAGCAUUUAAAAAAAGGUCAAUGUAUGAAUACUAUAGCACAUGAAGUUUGAUUUUUUACAUAUACAUAUAUAUAUAAUAGUUCUGAUAAUUUAUUAUUAAUGAAAAUGAAUUUGAAACGUUUUUUUAUUUUUGAAAAUUUUUAUUUAAAGAAUAUAAUUAUUAAUAUUAUAUUACUGCUAAGGUCAACUGUGAUUUAAAUUUAUUCAUAUUUAAGAAAGAAUAUUAUAGUCAAAAAAGUUAUUUUUCGUAUGUGUAAUUUUUAAAUCGAUUAGUUAAUAAAAAAUUAGAUGAUACUGAAAUUAGCUGACGUUUGAUAAUUUUUGGAUUUAUUUAAAAACUGUAAAUUACAAAAAAAAAAUAUUUCUUUACAAAUAUUAAAUUACAGCAGUAAUUUUUUCAAUUUUAUAAAUGUGCAUAUUUUUAUUUUUAUUUUUUUUAAAAAUGGUUGAAAAAAAAAUCCGAAAAUUGACAAUGGUCUUGUAACUUCGGAACAUGAGAUUGUAUUGUAACUCACAAGUGUUAAUUUUUUUAAUUUUUGAAUAAAUAAAUAAAAUGUAAGUUGAAUAAAAAUUUAAAAAUGCGUAUUGAGUUCAAUGAAAGACCAUUACGCGCAUUUUUUUAAACUUUAUUAUUUUAAUUAAUUUAUUUAUUUAUUCAAAAUUUAUAAAUUGUCUCAUGUCUGCUACUUUCAGUACCAUUUUUUAAAUAAAUCAAAUAAUAAAAAAUUGAUCAUCUUAAUAAAUAAUUAUUUAUGGUCAAGUGUCAAUUGUUAAAAAAAUUAUUAAUUAUUAAUAUAUUUAUUUAUCAUAUUUAAAAAAAAAUAUCUAAUACUAGUAUGGAAGUUAAUCAAAAGGUAGCGUUACCGCGGAUCAAAAUGUUGGACCUGCCAUAUUGAAUUAAAAAAAAAAAUGUAAAAAACAAAAGAAUCAUUAAUUACAUGUUACAUAUUACUUAAUUGUUCUGGGUCCAUUGUUAAUUAGUUAAGUAUUUGUCAUUGAUAAUAUCAGCAAAGUAUUAAAUAAUUAAUUCUAAUAAAAAAAAAUUAAAAGUAGACAAAUUUAAUAUAAAAAUUUUUGUCUUUUUUGAAAUUUCGUGGUUGGAAAUAAAAAUGGAAACCGCUUAUUCUACAACAGAAAAGCAUAAUAUCCUUUACGAAUGGAAAAUAAAUGAGUUUGUAUCAUUUCUUGAAUCUUAUAAAAACUGUCGAGAUUAUGGAGAACUCAAUUCACCAAAAUUUUCAACUGGCUCUAAAAUGAAUGACAGCUGGUAUCUGCAAUUGCAACUUGAAAGAGACGAACAAACGAAGAACAAGAAAAAAUGGAUAUCGAUAUUUUUAAAUUUGUUUAGUGAAACAAAUACUAAAACAAGAACACACUGUGUGUUCUUCAUUAUGGAUAUAAAAAAAGAGAAGAAAUAUUUGAAUGAAUUCAAUACGAUCUUCGGGAUUGAAAAGUGCUGGGGUUACUCGAAGUUCAUCGAAAUCGAAGAAUUAUUGAAAAGUAAAAGUGAGUUGCUGCCAUCAGAUACACUGACCCUUUGUCUUGGUCUUACAGUAUACGAUGACUAUACAUCAGUUGUCAGUAAAGUUCCAUUGGAAGAAACAAAUUGCAAAAUUACUGAUUGCAUCAAAGAUCUUUUUACCACGAAAAUGGCGAGUGAUAUUGUUCUAGUUGUUGAUAACAGAAAAUUUCUAGCACACAAAGCAAUUUUGAUGGCUCGUAGUGCCGUAUUUUUCGCAAUGUUUUCAAAUGCUAUGAAAGAACAAAAGGAAAAUGAAGUUAAUAUACCAGAUAUGAAUCCAGAUAUUUUUGAAAAAAUGCUUGAGUUUAUGUAUACGGAUGAAAUAACUGAUAUUGACGAUAAUGAUAUUGUAGAUCUGUUAGAUGCUGCUGAAAAAUAUCAACUGCCAUCACUGAAAGAAUUAUGCGAGCGAUUACUUAUUCAGUCAUUAAAUAUUGAUAAUGCCAUUAAAUUUAUGGCUGUAGGUGAUCGUUAUCACACUGAACUUUUGUUGGAAUAUGCAGCGGAAUUUAUUGCCAUUAAUAUUUCGGCGGUUUCAAAAACUAUCGAGUAUGAAGAAUUGAAAAAAUCUAAUUUACAAGUUUUCUUAAUGAUAAUUAAAAAAUUUGAGACUGUUAGUCAGAAUAGUUGGCUAGUAAAUUAGCGUCGAUGUUCUAAAUCGCAGCUAAAAAGUCUGGUGCAAUUUGCUGUCAAUAAUUAAACUAAAUAACUAUUUUCGUAUUAUAGUAUGUGAUAAUUAAAUUUAAAUUUAAAGUUCUCGAGAAUAUUUUGAUGGAUCACCAUUCUGAGUUUUUUUUUGUUAUUUUUAUGUAAAUUCAGAAGCUUAGAGAAGAAAGAGAAGAAGCGAAUAAAAUUAUUAUGGAUAUGAAUCAUGAAAAAUAAAACGUUAUCAGCUGGAGUUACUGAUAACAAUAAAAAAAUAUCAAUUAGAAUUAUUAAAACAUAAGACUUAUAAUUAAUGAUAAGAGUCAAGUUACAAAAAUUGGAGGCAAAAUUACGAGUGUAAAUGUAGAAAAUAGACAAAUUUUAAAUUAUAAAUAAAUAGAGAAAAUAAUUUAGAAAGUAAUAUUUUUAAAAAAUGCACUAAUUAAUCUAAAAUUUUUUUUAAUACGCAUUUUUUUAAAAUUGUUUUUUUAUUAAUUAUUGACUAUUUAUUAAUAAUUGUAAAUUUGUUUAAUGUCUGCUACAGUCACACUUAUGACAAAAUUUACUUGGAAAGUUAUAAGUAGUUAUGUAAUUGGCCUGAAAAAAAAAUUUAUUAAAAAAAAAUUGAUUACUUAUCAUUUAUUUAAAAUAAAAUUACAUUAUAUAUAAUUUAUUAAAAUUUAUAAGUUUAAUUAAAAUUUUGUUGUGAUUUUUAUACAAUAAAUAUAUCCGUAGUAUUAUUCAUUUGUAAUAAAUAAUUUAUUCAUUAUAAGUUAUAAUAUAUAUGUUUAUU